GUGGAGGCGUGGAGGGCGAGGGGUGUGUGGCGUGGGGGGUUCAGUAUAUAAGGUGUGCUUUGUGGAGGUAGCUCUACACUCGUCGCCCAUCGCUGCUGCCCUUGCCAUGAAGGCUCUGGUUGUUGCCGCGGCGUUGCUCUGCUGUGACGCAGCCCUAGUACAGCAUCGCCUCUGGAAGACAUAUCUGAACUUUCACAACACAGACCCGGCAGUGCUCAGAAUAUCCAAGCCAGAAAUUAACCUUGUUGAAACGUAUAAUACAGUGACAAUCCCCAAGGAAGUACCGGAGUCAGUGCCUGUCUCGCGCGUGCCCUCCCCCGUCUUAAUAAAACGUCUUGAUGCUCCCCACAUCGACGAGGAAGAGUUCCUGCUGGAUGAACAGGACCCAGCCCAUCGGAAGUCUCCAGUCCCAGUUCCUGUUCCUGUCCUCCUAAGCGGAAAGCUCGUUGAAAGUCCCAAGGAGCCCCCCGUUUCUGCCCCUGGGAAGGAUUUGGCUUCUGAUGUGCCUGUCAACUAUCAACAGAGUGCCUCAAGCAGCGUCUCCUUGCCAAUAAUGGUGGUAGCGGCUGUCCCUGAGCCCCUGGAAGCUCCAGAGCCUCCUAUGCCUUCCAUCACUGUGCCCUUCGUGGGCGGCCAGUUCCACUCUCAGGAUGAGCUGAAACAGUACUCCUUUGGUCAUUGGGGUGGUCUCAGUACUCGUGUGGAGACCAAGGAUGCUCUGGGCCGUACCCAUGGCAGCUUUGCCUAUGUGAAUCCUCUCGGAGAUGUGCACGUAAGAAAGUACGCUGCGGCUCCCUCCAUGGGCUUCAAAGUGGCUGCCUCUGACCUGCCCAUCGAUACGCCGGAGGUGGCUACUCUCAAGGCUGCCCACGAGCGAGCUCAUCUUAACUUUUUGUCUUUAAGAGAGGAAGUUAUCUGAACCUUCCCGAUCUUUUGUACAUGUAGAUAAUAAGUGUUGUGAAUAAAUCUACUAACUAGUC